AUGGUAAAAGCAAUCCAAGUUCUACGUAUCCAUCUGCUUGAGCUAGAAAAGGUUAAUGAACUCUGCAAGGAUUUCUGUAGUCGUUACAUUGCCUGCCUGAAGACAAAAAUGAACAGUGAAACUCUAUUAAGCGGAGAGCCUGGAAGUCCUUAUUCACCUGUGCAAUCUCAGCAAAUUCCAAGUGCCAUUGCAGGCACACUCAGUCCCCAAGGGAUUAUGGUGCCAGCAUCAGCAUUGCAGCAGGGAAAUGUAACUAUGGCAACAGUAGCAGGGGGGACAGUGUAUCAGCCAGUCACCGUGGUCACUCCACAAGGUCAAGUGGUGACACAAGCACUGUCACCUGGGACUAUUCGGAUCCAGAACUCUCAGCUUCAGUUGCAAUUAAACCAAGAUCUAGGCAUCUUGCAUCAAGAUGAUGGCUCAUCAAAAAAUAAAAGAGGAGUUCUUCCCAAGCACGCUACAAAUGUGAUGAGAUCUUGGCUUUUUCAGCACAUAGGGCAUCCAUAUCCAACAGAGGAUGAGAAGAAACAGAUUGCAGCACAAACAAAUCUGACACUACUUCAGGUUAACAAUUGGUUUAUCAAUGCUAGAAGGCGAAUUCUUCAGCCGAUGCUGGAUUCCAGUUGUUCUGAAACUCCAAAAACAAAGAAGAAAACAGCUCAGAACCGACCCGUUCAGAGGUUCUGGCCUGACUCCAUUGCCUCAGGAGUUGCUCAGCAGCAAUCUAAUGAGCUCACAAUGUCAGAUGGUGCUGUUGUAACAAUUACAGCUCCAGUCAACAUGAAUGUAGACAGUCUCCAGUCUUUGUCAUCCGAUGGUGCUACUUUGGCUGUUCAGCAAGUUAUGAUGGCAGGGCAAAGUGAGGAUGAGUCUGUAGACAGCGGUGAAGAUGAUGGAGGAGAUCUCUCAACAACAAAUAUCAGUGGGCUUGUCUUGGAUAACAGCGAUUCUCUGCAGUAAGAAGCAAGAGAGUGGGAUAAAAUGUUUAGGAAAAAGAAUGGACUGACUGACUGACUGUUUUUAUAGUUUGCACAGCAAACAUUUUACACAAGUUUUAUUUCUAAUAUGUUUUAUAUGUAGAUAUAGAAGGGUGCACUUUUUUGUAUUUCAUAGUAAGCUUAAAGAGUGUUUUUGCAGGUGCAGCAACUUCUUUCAAAUGUGUUUUUUCAUUUCCUUGUUUCAGAAAAUUCUAUCUAGUAAUAUGAAGAACCACGUAAGCACCCCUUUGUUCUUCGAAUUGGAAGUGCUGCAAUUUCUAAAGAAUUAUGCAGUUUCAAUUAAUGCUCUUAUUUAACACAGCUCUUGAUGGGCAGGUGAUGUAAAUUUAAAGCAUGUGACACUAGUGUGUGGAACUUGAUCAUUAAGUUAGAUGCAUAUAUUUGAAAGAUGCUUCUGCACCUUAAAAACUGCUAGUCUGAGGUGGACAGCAACACACAUAAAAAGAAA